UUGAGAAACCCUAAACUUCUCAUCGCGGGGUCGAUUUCUCGGAAUGCAGCACACCGAUCGAAAACCCGAAACGAUUUUGUGGGUUGUAGCGUAAUGUGUUAGCGACGUGGAGCAUCUGCUGCAGUAGUCCUUCUGGGAGAAUUUGAACUUGCUCGUCGACGCAUCGGGUGCUCAAUGGCGGUUGUUCUUCGGAACCUUCCGCAAAGAUGCAGGUUGGCAAGCAAAGCUGCCUCCUGGCUUAACACGAGGCCCACGCUCAUGAGUGCGCAAGAUUUUGAGGGUCAAAAGAGCUCACAUCUCCACGGUGUCAUCAGAAACUUCAUGACUCAGUACACAUCCAGCGUAGUGAACAGCGCGCAGCGACAUGGAUGCAAAGGGACAUUGUGGCCAAAAGCAAGAACGGUUUCCAACUCCACACUCAGGUUAGGUGUUCCCCAAAGUCUUUGGGGACACAAAGUUGACUUAGUUCCUCAAUGUAGUAACAUGUUGGGUUGUGGAGUACAACAAACGCGGACUGUGAUGGUAGAGGUUACCAACGAUGACUUGGAGCGGGCCAUUCGGAAAAUGAAGAGGAGGCUGAAGGAUGAUAAUGGUAUCAAAUUGUUACGAGAACGAGAGUAUUACAGGAAACCAUCUGAGCUCAAGGUGCUAGCAAGGAAAGAGCGUGACAAACGAAUCGCUAAGAAGGAAUUCAGAUCGAAACUGAAGUGGAUUACUAACAGGCGGUCCAGAGGAUUUUAAGAUUUAUACGUCUGUAUGAUCCAUGGAACAGCGAAUACAUUUUAGAUAAUGCUCAGCACAAGCCUGCUACUUCAUCGGCAUUUGUGGUGGUAGUUGAAGACUUGCAAACCAGGGGAAUUCUGAUGCUUCUAAUCUGAUACACCAUCAAUAAACCGAUAUUGAUGAUGAGUAUUACCUUCUAAAUGAACUCUGGAUUACAUUGUCCAUACUUUUUGUGCGUAUGUGAGCUGAUUUUAUUAUUUUUUGGCAGCAUCAGAGGCGAGGGUUGGGAAUUGUGCUGCGUCGGCACUGUUUCUUCUCUUUUUUUAGAAAUGGCGAUGGUUGUAUUGAGGGUCACUGAUGGAUAUGAUACUUGCUAUGCUACAAGAAUGAAUAAGGAUUGAACUUUUUCCAAAUAAAGACUUUUAAAGACCUGAA